AUGCUUAGCCCUGCUUUUCAUUCAAGUAUUAUUCAAAACUAUAUGACGAGCUUUAACAAACAGGCAGAAGUAAAUUUUUUGUUAAAAAUCUACAAAGAUGAGACUUUUGACUUGCUUCCAUAUCUAAGACGCUUUGGUUUAGAUGUUAUCACAGAGACAACGUUAGGGGUUUCUCUUAACGCUCAGAAAGGCGAGAACGAAGACUGCUAUGAGGCAGUAGCUGGAUCUCUAGAGCUGUCUUUCAAGAGCGCACGCUAUCCGUGGUUAAGAAUUAAACCAAUUUGGCACUUGCUUGGGUACGCGAAAAUGAUGGAUAAAUAUACCAAAAUCACAAAUGUAAAAAAAACGUUUCAGGUUGUGAAAGAGCGCAAAAAAGAAUACGAAAAGAUUGCUGCUGACAAGAAGGCUAGAAAGUCAUUCUUGGAUUUAUUGCUAAGCUUGCAAGAAGAAUACAAUUUAAGUGAUGAAGAUGUCUGUGACGAAACUUCAACUGUUCUAAUCGCAGGUCACGACACUACGUCGGCUAAUGUAGGGUUUACACUCUUCGUACUUGGAAACAAAAAGGAGGAGCAGGAUAAAGUUUAUGAGGAGGUGAAAAGUGUUUUUGGUAAGAUUACAAAUCAGCGGGAAGUUACUAAUCAAGAUCUUGAAAAAUUGGUCCACUUGGAUCGUUGCGUCAAGGAAAUCACGAGGUUGUAUCCUCCAAUCAUAAUGUUUGCAAGGCGCAUUACAGAAGACGUUAAAGUUGGUAUUGCUAAUCUUAAAUUAUUGAGGAAAAUAUUUAAUCCAGACAACUUUUCUGAAGAAAAUUGUGCUAAACGUGAUACUUUUGCGUACAUACCUUUCUCCGCUGGAAUUCGCAGCUGUGUUGGAAAACCUAUUGCUCUGCUAGAACGGAAAGUGGCAUUAAUAUAUCUGUUGCGCCGUUAUGAGUUCCACUCGAUGCUCACCGAAGAGCAGAACCGACAAGUGGCAGAAAUUUCACUGAAACCAAGUCGAGGGUUUCCAAUGCGCAUAACUAGAAGGAAGAAAACAGACUAG